GGCCAAGGAUACUACGUAUAAGCGAGCAUCAUGUGGCAAACAAGAAUCAUUACAUUAUACGUUGUAUAAAAAAUACCCUACAAAAGUACAAAGAUCUACUCCGUAUUAUUAUUUUAGUACCAAGUAAGUCCAAAUAUAUGCAACAACAGACACAGGUUCGGUUUAAUAAGAAACUACAUACACAAAAUUAGGGAUGACUUCAAGUUUACUAAAAGAAUUGGGUUUUCUGGGUUUAGUUAUAGUGGGAGUGUUCUUGUUGAUGCCCAAAAAUACUGCGACCUCAUUCGACACAAAUAUAAAAGUUGAAAACAAGGACAAGUUGUUAAGAUUCAACAAAAAUGGAGAAUUCAAGAUAUUGCAAAUCUCAGACAUGCACUACGCCAAUGGCAAGGACACUCCUUGUAGGGAUGUCUUGCCAUCUCAAAUGGAAUCCUGCUCUGAUCUCAACACUACUCAUUAUCUCCGCCGUUUCAUCGACGUUGAGAAGCCUGACCUUAUUCUUUUCACUGGCGACAACGUGCAUUCAAUGGAAGCAUAUAACUAUAACAGAUCAAUGGAUGAAGUAUUUGCAGCAGCAAUUGAGUCCAACAUACCAUGGGCUGCUAUCCUUGGUAACCACGACGUAAAUGUACUGCAAACAGGAUUCUCAAGACAAGCAGUAAUGGAAUACAUUGUUGGUAUGAAAAACACUCUGUCUCUUCUCAAUCCUUCCAAUCUCCAACAGGGUGAGUCCAUUUGGGGAUAUGGCAAUUACAACUUGGAGGUCGCCGGUUUCGAAAACUCCCCUUUUCGAAACAAGUCUGUCCUUAAUCUUUAUCUCCUUGAUACCGGUGACUACACCUACAGCCUCGCUCCUACGUUUUACAUGGGAUAUGAGUGGAUCCAACCUUCUCAGCAAUCUUGGUUCCUUCGCACCUCUAAACAACUCCAACAAGCCUACACCAGCCCGCCCGAAGCACAGCAAGGACCCGCUCCAGGGUUGGCAUUCUUCCACAUUCCUAUACCCGAAUUCAACAAAAUCAAGGAAUCUGAGAUGGUGGGUGUAAAACAGGAGCAUGUCAUUUGCCCCGGUGUUAAUUCAGGGUUCUUUGAUACAAUGCUUGAAGCCGGAGAUAUUAAGGCUGCAUUUGUAGGACAUGGUCAUGUGAAUGACUAUUGUGGUAAGCUCUGUGACAUACAACUUUGCUAUGAUGCCGGAUUUGGGUACCAUGGAUAUGGAUUAGCCGGUUGGGCUAGAAGGGCGAGGGUGAUCAAUGUUAAGUUGGAUAAAACUAAAGAUGGUAAUAAUUGGGGUCCUGUUAAGUCCAUCCUUACAUGGAAGCGACUUCACGAUGAUCGUCUCACUCUCAUUGAUCCUGAAGUCCUUUGGACCUCUACUACUGGUGGAGAUGGAGAUCAAUCUUUGUUCAAACCAAUUAUGAGCGAAUAAGAUUGUUUGCUGAUGAUGUUGAUGGAGAUGCAGUUACAAACUAGAUAGUAGUAUUUAGAGAUUAGUAUAUAUAGCUAGCUGUAUGAAGCAAGAAUAAAAUCUGGCCUAUGAUUAUGAUUAGCUUGUACUUCAAACUCAUAUUUGUCUUGUACUUGUUUUAUGUAAUCUUGGACUGGCAGUUUUGGGCCUCCAUUUGAAGUAUCUUAUAAAAUGUGUACUUUAAUAUAUAGGUCAUGAGCUUAA